ACUUGAAUAGGAUGAGAUGGGACGGAACAGAGCUGGGGUUUGAGGUUGCUGUUGGCGUUGACGUUGUGAGUAUUGGCAUUAUCGUGACUUGCUGAGUAGCUGCUGCUGGUUGCUGCAAGCUUCCUGCAUCUCCUUCCAUUGACUGAUGAUGAGCGUUGUGAGUGUCUAUUUCCUCAGGCACGAUCACAGGUACAUAGUGACAUUCAAGCACCCUGAUGUCAAGGUACCGUGCCUUCCCUCUCCGUUGGACCAGUUACACAGGGAAGUUGGACCGUUCGUCAAGAUGCAUCGCACCGUCCUUUCCAUCGUGUGACAGUGGCCGUGGGGUGAAGACUCCCAUUCUUCCACUUUUCUCUCCUGAAAUGAAUGCUUUCUGCAUGCAUGCCUCUCAUUUAAUCACCGAGAGUCUUUGAAUUGAAUCCCUGGGACUAAAUUGAUGGACCCAUUUGACCUGAGGCUAUCAUUCUAUCGAGAAAUGUCAACAAAGGGAAUACCUACAGAAAAGAAGAAAGGAAAACGAAAAAGAAAGAGGAGAAUGGAUGACACGGAUUGCCAUCCGAGUCAGAGUCAUCAUCAUUGUCCUCGAAUCGACAUGACUCCAUCUCUGACUCCAAUUCCAACUCCAUCUCAAUCUCCAACGGUUAAUGGUCAACCCCAACCUCAACUUCGAGGCUCAACUUCUUCUUCUCGGCUAGGCUGCCACUCGCCCGCUUGAGCAAGCCUUCGCCAGUUGCAUGUAUCAUGUAUGGGGCGCCCGGGACUGCAACUCACAGUCAUACAGACACUUGCCCCGAUAUGGAGUGGCCAGGCAAUCAAAUCCACCGGGAUUGGCUCUCACAUCUUGACUCUUGAGUCCUGGACGCGGUAAGACUGCUUGAGGUUACCGCCUCCAAUAUGCAGAAAAGUCCUGGAUAGGGAAUAGGCACCACCGCGACCAUACUCCGUACCAAGCCCGGACCUUAGAAUGGCCUCAACUCCACCCCAUGCAUGACCGCUGGGUUCUGGGGGAGAAAUGACGGGGUAAUAGGUAAGGGGUGCCGGGCGGC